AUGAGGAAUUCAAGGAGCAAAAGAGAUCCUAACAAAUAUUGUAAAUUUCAUAAAGAUAAUGGGCAUACGACCGACGAAUGUUGCCAAUUGAAAGAUGAGAUAGAGAUUCUCAUCGCUCGAGGCCAUUUUAAGCAGUAUGUGAAAAGACAGUGCCAGGGAUACAACCAACCCCGGGAAAGCAAUAACGCUCAGAAGAGAUAUGUGAAGGAGAUAAAGAACGAGCAGUCGGUCUUUGCCCCAGAACCUUCCAAGAAGGUGAAGACCGAGGAACCCCACAUUACGUUCACAGAGGAAGACGAGAACAACGUGAGAUACCCUCACGUCGAACUGCUGGUCAUAACCAUUCAACUUACCAAUAAGAGGAUAAAGAGAGUGUUAAUAGACAAUGGGAGCUCGGUAAAUAUCAUUUAUAAGGAGACUUUAAAGAAAAUGGGGCCCGAAAAGGCCAAGUUAAGGCCUUGUAUGGUGAAUCUUUACGGAUUCACCGGGGAUAGCAUUGCUAGCCUUGGCAUAAUCGAGCUCGCAUUAACUGUAGCUGAGGCACCUGUAACUGCUACUGUUAUGCAAGACUUCGUGGUUGUCGACCUGCCCUCGGCUGACAACAUAUUGUUGGGUCGCACAGCACUGAUCGGACAAGGGGUAGUCAGUUCGAUCAAGCACCUAUCUUUAAAGUUCCAAACAUCAGAUGGCGUGGGAGUGGUGCAUGGCGACCAGAUGAUGGAUCGUGAUUGCUAUCGCAUAGAGUUGCAGCAUAGAAAGGUCGGUCAUCAGUUGAUGAUGAUCUUGGCAGGAGAAAACGAGAAGAAAGAGGAAGAUCUUGAUCCCUGA